CUCUCUCAGGCGCACGCUCGAGUCAUGGGCUUUCCUUCAACCCCGCUAACGUCAUAGCCUACGGCUGGUACCUAGGAGGUAGCUUUCCAAUGCUCUCGUGAAGAUCAUUCACAUGCCAUAAAGCGGGACCUCGCUGUUCUGGCGGUACAAAGCUGCCCUACAUUCGCUCAGUCGUGCUGUUCAGCUUAAGUCAAUAGGACUGACCUCUCGUCCAUUGACCAAGCUGACAGCAAGCCAACGCCCAAAGACACACAACCUCACUCCUCCAAGAUGUCCGCUCUCAAAUAUCAACUUCUCGAAACGGGCGAAGAAUGGUCCGAGGCCUGGGAAUACAUCCUCAAUUACCAUCCGAACUAUCUGGCCGCCUACAUCAGACUUCGCAAAGUGCCUCUCGACCGACAAGCCCUCGACCGCAAAACCCAAGAACUCAUCCUCCUCGCCAUGGACGCUUCUUGCACGCACCUCUUCACCCCAGGCAUCUCCGCACAUAUCAACGGGGCUCUGCAGUGCGGCGCUCGGGUCUCCGAAAUCAUGGAGACGCUGGAGCUUGUGUCCGUGCUAGGCGUGCACGCCAUGACGGUCGGGGUCCCGCUGCUGUUGGAGGUGAUGGACGAGGGCAUGCAGAUGGGCGACUUCCCGCGCGAGCUGGACGGACCGCGUCAAGCGAUGAAAGAGGACUUCAUAAAUCGACGCGGGUACUGGAAUACGUACUGGGAGCCUGUACUGCGGCUAUCACCGAGGUUCUUUGAGGCGUAUUUGAUGUAUUCGAGUUUGCCAUUUGAGGAGACCGGGAAUGCGUUGCCGCCGAAGAUCAAGGAGUUGAUUUACUGUGCGAUUGAUUGCUCGACGACUCAUCUGUAUGGGCCCGGGUUGAAGAUUCACAUCCGGAAUGCCAUCGAAUGCGGCGCGCAG